CGGGUACAGUGCGGCCGCACCUCGCCAUGCGAGCACGCUCACCACAUGGCGCGUCGCCUGGCGCUGCUGCUCUUGCUCUGUGCGGCGGCUGUUCCCCGCCCGCACUCGCGCCCUACCCGCACCGACACCUCCGACUCGGAUUCCUCCGACCCUUUCGCCCUCUGGGACUACGAAUCCGAUGAAAACACGCCGCAGCCGCGACCGGUAAAACCUAAUGCCAAAGUGUUACUCCGAAGUAAAGUUCCGAAAUCGAAUGUGACAAAAAAGACUACUAAAAGUGAUGAUAAAGUUAUAAAAACUACUAUCAAUAUUGAGAGCCAUACGAACAUUUAUGUGACGAAAUUGCCACCGUUAAUGGAAACGUUCGCCGGUUCUUUUACGCGUGUUCCUCAGGGGAUGUAUGUAAAUGGUAACGAGCAGGCCUGGGUGAAUGUUGGGAGUCAGGUUUCGAGGAUCAGUACAAAGAAACCGGCGAAACCUCGACCAUCGACCACGAGACGCCCGCCCACGAGUUUAAGACCUCGCACCACGACGCGGAGGCAACGCGCAACCACUACUAGGCGCUCCACGACGCGGGCGGUACGAACAACACCAAAACAAGCAAAUAAACAAACAACCAAAGUGCCAAAAAAAAAAGUGACUUGCUCACAAAAUAAACCAGGGUGGAUCUCGAACUUUUUUCAAGAUAAUAAAAUAAAGAAAUCAGCCAAAAAGCAGGAAAGAACAGGUAUAUUCUCCAGACUCUAUAAUUGGUUAGUUGGAUCGAAAAACUCAUGGUUCGGCAACGGGUGGUUCGACGAGGAAAGAGAGCAAGUAACAACGAAGACUACUACUCCCAUUCCUGUCGCGACGGCUGAUGACAAUUGGUUCCCAGCGUUUCUUGACACCGAAGAUGUUGACGACAUAAAUACGACAAGCGAAACAAUUAAAAAAUCUGCGAAGAAAUCAAUAAAAAAGAACUAUAAAGGCUAUCAACUUGUACGAGCAUAUCCAGACGUACAGUGGAAAGUGCGCUCGCUAUUGGAUCUGCGGGAAGAAGCCGAGGGCUCGGGUUUGAUGUGGUGGACCGCCCCAUCUCUCAACAGUUCUACGGAUCUGCUUGUUCCGCCAGACUUACUAGUGGAUGUCAAGGACCAUUUGAAAUCUUAUAGAAUAGACUUUGAUGUGGUUAUUUGGGAUUUGCAGAAAGCAAUAGCGUAUGAGAAUCCUAAAUUAUCAAAGAAGCAGAGAAUAGAACUUGAACACAUGCAUGGGCAUCCAUUGACAUGGAGGCGCUACCAUCGAUAUGCCGACAUACUGAGGUAUCUGGAAUACCUGCAGCUCUCAUAUGCCGAUAUUGUUGAACUAGUGCCCCUGGGCCGGACUUCGGAAGGACUUCCCUUAGUAGCAGUAAAGGUAUCAAUUCCAUCGAAUGAAACUCAAUCUCGAAGUUCAAUAAGUCAAGGUCAGAAGAAGAAGUGGAAGCUCCGGUCCCACCUGAAGCCCGCCGUGUGGUUGGAGGGCGGGGCUCACGCGCAGGAGUGGAUCACCCCUGCUGUCGCCACGUGGAUAUUACACUAUUUGGUCGAAGGGGAUAAGGGCUUAGGCGCAGAUCGCGAAGUCCUCCGCGAGGCUGAUUUCUACAUAAUGCCAGUGCUGAACCCGGACGGUUACGAGCAUUCGCACACCCACGACCGGCUGUGGAGGAAAACCCGUUCGCGUAGCCCGGACCACUCCGACGAUUACUACGUCGGCUGGUUUCCCUGGAACUGGGGUCGCACAGAGUGCGUGGGUGUGGAUACGGACCGCAACUGGGAUUACCACUGGGGCGAGAAGGACUCCUCGAGCGACCCCUGCGCUGACAACUACGCAGGCCCGCAUCCCUUUAGUGAGCCGGAGACGCGGGCAGUCUCCGAAUUCUUAGCGGAACAUAGAGGAGAAAUAAAGGUUUAUGUAUCCAUGCACGCGUACUCACAAGCGUGGCUGCUGCCGAGUUCUCACUCGCACGCGUCUUUCGCUGAUGACGGAGUGCUGAUGGAGAUGGGCAAGCUCGCCACCGCCGCCCUCGCGGACAUGUACGGAACCAAGUACCAGGUUGGAACGGCGGCAGAAAUCCGACAACCAGCUACAGGAAUGUCCCACGACUGGGCAAAGGCCCGCGCCGGCAUCAAGUUCUCCUACCACGUGGAUCUGCGAGAUUCCUUCGGACCCUAUGGGUUCCUACUACCCGGCUCACAGAUAGUAUCCACGGCGCGUGAAACUUGGCAGGCUGUUAGAGCAAUUGUAGAUAAUUUAUCACCUGGGUUUAAAUCGAGAAACCUGAUUGAUCCCAACGCCUUUGAUGUGUCCAUGAGUGCAGUAUUGAUCGGUCUUGGCGCUGAAAAAUAUAUCGAUAUUUUUAGAGAACAUAAUAUUGGCCAGUGCACACUAAUCGAAUUGACCGACGAAGACUUGGAAAAAUUAGGUGUCACUGAUCCAGAAAUCAGAAAAAAGCUAAUAGAAGAAGUAAAAAAUAUACCAAUUUAUGAGGAUACAGCUGCAAACCAAACGACAGUGAGCCCUAAUUUAAGUGUCAUAGACAUAAUUGAUGUGUUGGAGGAGAGUUCACAGCAUAUGUACAGGAUCUACCUCAGUAUGAUGACUAAUACAUUGGUGUUAAAAAAGCAAAAAACGCCUGAUUGUUUGAUAUACAAAGACAAGUACGCAUCACACAUUGCUGUCACCACACUGAGUCAUAUGACAAAUGUAUUGAACUCAAUGGAAAUAGCCCUCCACACUCAAAUGAAGGUUUAUGUAUCCAUGCACGCGUACUCACAAGCGUGGCUGCUGCCGAGUUCUCACUCGCACGCGUCUUUCGCUGAUGACGGAGUGCUGAUGGAGAUGGGCAAGCUCGCCACCGCCGCCCUCGCGGACAUGUACGGAACCAAGUAUCAGGUUGGAACGGCGGCAGAAAUCCGACAACCAGCUACAGGAAUGUCCCACGAUUGGGCAAAGGCCCGCGCCGGCAUCAAGUUCUCCUACCACGUGGAUCUGCGAGAUUCCUUCGGACCCUAUGGGUUCCUACUACCCGGCUCACAGAUAGUAUCCACGGCGCGUGAAACUUGGCAGGCUGUUAGAGCAAUUGUAGAUAAUUUAUCACCUGGGUUUAAAUAAUAAUUUGUUUUAUAUAACUAAAUUAACACAUUCGAUACGAUACGAGAUCUAAAUGACUCUAUACGUGUCUUACAGUAGAAUGGGGAUGAUGACUAGGUUUGAAUAUAUUGAUUUUUAUGAUACAUUCGGGUAAAUAGGGUCAAUGUUAACUAAUUUAUACAUAAAAAGCAAAGAUUGACUGGAUAUUUGCAAAAUAAAUGAGAUUAUAGAAUUUCAAAAUCUAUUUAAAAUCUUUUAUCGUAAUUAGAUGAAAAUUCAUACAGAUUAAGCUUCCUUACAUUAAAUGUGUCAUUUUUUAAUAUAUGAACUAUAAACAUAAACGCACAAAUAACAAAGAUAUUAGUAAUUUUGUUUGAACGCACAUACAAAUCUAACGAUCAUUAGGUACAUUACAUACGACGUCAUUAGUUCGUGCCAUUUUGUAUGGAGCGUUUUACAGGGAUCCGCGGCAACGCCGCAAAUCUGACCCUUUAAAUCCCUGUAGCUCCGAAAGUAAUGAUCGCAGAUACCCUGUUACUUUUACAAAAUUGCUUUACUAUUAGCAUACUCUUAAUUUAUAUACAAUUUAAAAAAACUGUCAUCAUUCCUAUUCAUAGACGUUGUAGGGGCAACCCCAGGUGAUCAUUCAGCCGCUGACUGUCGAUUUUAACCUCUAAUUAUGCACCCCAGUUAGGCACCCCAGUCAAACGACUGGGGUGCCCCUACAACGUCUAUGAAUUCCACUGUUAGUUACAGUACGGUUGUCUAGAGAAAACAUACUUCAUUAUCGGACGACGAGUAUACGAAUAUUGAAGGGUUUUACAUGUUCCCGGGGUUCCGUGUGCUUCACUUGGUUAGAGUAAAAAUAUCUUGGUGGACGUGUGGCCUAAUCACGGCCUAAUACAUGUCGCACAAAGUGAAGACAUAAAGUACGGGGUCAAAAAGACCCCGUGCCAUCACAAUAAAAGUUUUAUUAUUCUGAUUGACCUGCAUUGUUAUAAUAGAGUAUUUGUCCACAAUUUUUAUUACAAACUACAUACAUUCUAGAUAUCUACAUUACCUUUUAUCGAUAGGUACAUAUUAUAGGCCAGACCAGACCAGACCUUAGCCAGAUGUUCUUUAAUGGCAUUAAACGAUAAAUAUAAAAUACACCCACUGAAUCCUAUCGCUUUACAGACAAACUUAAUAAUGUACUAGUCUUUUCUUUUUGUUAGAAUAUAAUAUUUACGCUCCUUUUUCCGUGUGACCCUGCGUAAUUAAAAAAGCUUAAAUUAUCAAGUGCAUGAAAAUCAGUAAAGUACCUACUUAUGUUCAAUGAGUUUUAGUUUUUAACCGAUAUCCAAAAAGGAGGAAGUUCUAUGUUAUGUAUGUACCUAUGUUCUUUUAUUAAAUUAUACUGACCGUAGGUUAGGAAGGUACUCGUACCUACAUAUAUAAAGGGGUAAAGUUUCUAGAAUACCGUGUUCUUAAUGUUUGGUUCGUGGUCGUUUUUAAAGUGUGAUUUUUAUAAUUAUUUAAUUAUAUAGCUAUCAAAGAACUUUCUGUAAAUUGUAUGCCUUUUCACACUGACUGGAUUUUGGCCAUGCGCAAUCGUGUCUGCGCACUUCAUUAUUGGGGCUAUUAGAAAUUAGGGCUUACGCCCAUUGUCUUGCUGCACCGCCUUGCAAUACAAUUUUGUCGAGUCGUGGCUCUACUAUUAAUACGUGAUUGUAAAUAAUAUAAAAUACCCUUAGUAGGAAUGUUAGUUUAGAUGUUCCUAAUAGAAUUUAAUCUUAAAUAAUUGCAUAGUUUGUAAGAUUUUUUAAAAAUCAUAUUGCAUUUACUAUUUGAUUUAUUUUAUUUUGUAAUUUGGUACGUAAGGAUGCUUAUUUAAUACGAUUAGGUUGUUUUAAUAAAUAUUGAUAAAA